AUGGCAGGUCUGAGUGAAGUCAGCGCAGCAGGCGUGUUGAAGAAGAUCAACCAGGGACACCUUGAGUGUCCAAUUUGCGUCUCACGAUUCACAAACCCCAAGAUUCUGGAUUGCUUGCACAGCUUUUGCCAAACAUGCCUGGAAAAAAUGAUGGAAGGUCAACCACAGCAGCGAGAGAUUACCUGCCCAGUCUGCAGGCAGCAAACUGCCCUAUCAGAUGCAGGAAUUGCUGGAAUUAUCAAUAAUUUUUCCUUGAUGGCUCUGGUGGAAGAGGCCAAUCAACAGGAAGAGAUGGUCAAAAGUCAAAGAUCAAAUAUCAUUUGCGAGGUGUGUGAAGAAGAAGAGGCAAUUGUAAGGUGUUUGGAGUGCAGGGAAUAUCUCUGUGACUUCUGUCACAAUGCCCACAAACGAAGCAAGAAAACCAGGAAUCACGAGACGGCAUCAAUUGAAGACCUGCGCUCAGGAAAGGCACCUUACCAAAGUCGCCUUUGGAAUGAGGUUCCUAAAUGCCCAAAUCAUUCUUCCCAGGAUCUCUUCUUCUUCUGUGAGACUUGUGAGACACUGAUAUGUGCUGUAUGCACUGCUCUUGAUCAUAAAGCACCAGACCAUAAAUUCAUUGAUAUUUCUGCUGCAGUUGCCUCAUGCAAAGAAAAAGUGACACAGCUCAUCACAGAGGCCAAACAAUGUUUGAACAAAUUGACAGAUGCAAAAGAAAAAGCUCUAAAAUUUAAAUUGGACCACAACAAUAUAACACUGGAGAUAAAUGAUGACAUAACUAAAAAUGCAGAUGAAGCAGUUGCCAAAAUUCGUGAGAAUGAACGCUUGCUGAAAGAAAAAGUCACUAAGAUUUGCCACAAAAAGGAUGCAUGCUUUGACCAAGGUCUGGAAUGUUGUGAACAAAAUAUUGAAAAGGCAGAAAAAACAUUAGAGACAGUGAAAACUGUGAUGGAACAAACCAAUAACUUUGAUCUUUUAAAAUUGCAACCGAAUCUUCUUCAAAAGUUACAAGAUGCAGCGGAUCAGGAAACACCAGCACCAGUGCAAGGCUUGACAUUUAAAGAUUUUCAACAGUGUAAAGAAAUCAGCCAGGCAGAAAUUGAAUUACCAAUCGCACAAAGACACUCAGAUGUGAAGGAUAAUGUCCAGAAAGGUGUGGGUGAGGGAUGA